AAGCUCAGAGCAGAGGCAGACCACAACAAGACCUGAUAUCAACAUGGAACUAAGUUUACUGCAAGUGCUGGAGUGUGAGCAAGUGCUGGGGGUCCUUCGUAGAGAUAAGCAGCUCCGAGUCAUAGAAGAAGACAGAAUCAGACUGCUGAAGCAGGACUUGCAGGAGGUAUGUAGAAAAGAUGCCAAAAUCUCUGGUUGGCAGUAUGGCGAAAGGACAUGUGCGCGGUGCCAGAGGUCACUGGGGAAGCUCUGGAACAGCGGAGCAGUGUGCCACGGCUGCAGUCAUCGAAUCUGCUCAAAGUGCCGCAUCACUGUCACCACCAUAGGCUGGAGAUGCAGUGUAUGCUUUGCUUACAGAAAUGUCAAAUUCCAAUCUGGAGAGUGGUUCUUGGAGGAAAGGUCAAAGAAAUUCCCUACCACAGGCAAAAAUGAGAGCAUAGGAGAGAGGCUGCUGAAGACCUAUGGUGUGCUGAGUCAUAUAGCCGUUGUGCCACCAACACCUCCUCCUCAUUUGGAUUGUGCUUUUCUCAGCAAGUCUGGUAGCUUAAAAAACGGGAAACCUUUGAGAAGCUCCAUGGAGGAUUUGAUGCUUUCUGUCUCCAGUCAUACAAAGAAGAAGUCAAUAUCAGAAAAUGAUGUGAGGCAUGAUCACCUUAAAGUGGAAAACUUCAAGAAAUCAUUCCAUCUGACUGUUCAGAAAAGUUUAUCUGACACGGACAUCAGAAGAAGUCUCAAACUUUUCAAAGUGCCCAGUCUUCCAAAUGUGUUUAAGAAAAGCAGAGAGAGCGACACAGAGAGUUCGUCCACAGGAGGAGAGGACAACGCCUCUUUCACUUCAGGCAACUGUGGCAGCGUGAGCACGGACUGUGGAGCCAUGGAUGCCCUCACUGUAGCAGGCGAACUAGAGCUGGCUGUAACCUACAACAACACAACAUCCUGUUUGGAGAUUACUGUGGGCGCCUGUCGAAAUCUCACUUGUGGAGACACCAAAAAGAAGAAAUGUAACGUGUAUGUCCAGGUGUACAUCCGCCCCGAGGAGCAUGCUAAGCUGAAAACAACAGUGAAGAAACUUACAGCUAAUUUAGUCUACAAAGAGGUUUUAAAGCAUCACAUAAAACGCUCCAUGUUGAUUGGGAAGCAUUUGCAGGCCUGUGUUUUCAACUCUGGGAGCCUGAGGAGGAAAGUGUUCUUGGGGGAAGCCCUCAUUCCUCUGGAUGGGUGGGCUUCGAACAGACCCAUUGAGACCUUCCACUGGUAUCCCCUGUGUGCAAAGAAGUCUGAUGACUGGACUACUGGGUGACCACCUUGUCUGGAACAUCUGAACCUCACUGUUCACUUUGAUCACUGCACAAGUCAAGACAUUUCACAUUGAUGACCCCACCCCACAUCUCCACCAGGAUGACUCACCUCCAUCCACAUGUCCUGAUUUUUCAUCAGCUCAUUUCAAAAGGUUACUGUAUUAGGGCAAAGCAUGUCAAAGACAGGCUGAAGAUUGUAAAUGUAACCACCAAAUCAAUUACUAUUUGUAUCUGCUACUGAUGAACAUCUGAAUUUCCUGCUUUGAGGAUCAAUUAUGUUUUACUGGUCCUCCAUCACUCCAGUAUGGAACUAUAUAAUUCUAAGAAAAACAAAUUGUAGGGUAACUAUCUAAUAACUCAUUGUCUUUGUAGAAUAAUAGAAGCAUUUAAAAACAAAUAGGUUCAUUAUUUCCUGUUUACAAAAUAUGUACAGCUAUGAGUGGAACUUUCAGACAACUAAUUCCUUCCUGAUUUGAAGGACCUUUCCCCAUUCAAAACAUAUAAUAUUUUGAUAUUUUUUUGCUUAAUUGCUAUGACCACGGAAGAUGGUUGAAACCCAUGAAUAUGUAAUAGUCUGUUGAAAUUGCGACCCCUGGGUGCACUCGUAGCACUGAACUUUACUGUGUAGAGAGUAGUUUACUCCCUCUCCUCUCUCUGAGCAGUGACUCUGACUCUCUGACUUUCCCCAGUCUACAAUGGGCUCUUUGUACAGCAGCUGAAAAGUCCUCAUUCAAUCACUCUACUCUCUACUCUCUCGACCUGUUUUAAAGGAAGACAAGUUGUAUUAAUCAAAAUAUUCUAUAGGAAUUUGUAAUAAUGCCACCCUUUAAAAAUAUCACUUUAGUUCAUAUAGAGUUUGUUGAACUUUGUGCCAGUUUUGGUUUCAUGUUGGCAUGGCCUCCAGCUUAGUGUUUUUACUUCUCUUUCUAAUGCAUUACAGUAACUAAAUAGUACUGAGGGUUUUUAAAUGGUAAAUCAUGUAAAAAGAAAAAAAGGUUACUUCAGUUAAUCUGUGCAUCAACAGCAGGCAUGACCUCUUUCAUACAUGAAUCAAAUGUGAUCCAAAAUACCUUAGGAACAAUGAGUGAAUGUACAAUAAAAUGUCUUUAUUUUCUAAUACACAGUUAUUUUCCAAUAAACCAUAUGUAUAUGUCAUAAGUUGGGAGC